GCAAACUUGGCCUUAUCAAGACCGCAUCACAACGCUGCACUAUCUUGCCCGCUUCAUCGAGUCCGGCACUUUUGGAGUGUUUGACGAGACCCGACCAAUUACCAGUCGCAUGGGCAGACAAAGCCUCCUGACAAAGACAUCCCCGAACUCACGCCCUGCGCUCUGUCCCCGAGGCGGACCCAGGGGAAUCCUCCUGCUUCGGAGCACAUCCGUCAUAUCAACAACCAACCACCCGGGAGUUAGUGUCGCCAUCGAGCCGUUGUCAUGUCGCCGCCAGAGCCCUAUACCGUCAUCACCCGGGUCCCCAUUCCGGCCUCUCUCUCUCCCGCGACCGUCCUCGCAGCCCUGCAGACAUACGAGGCCCUCAUCACGCCGAAUCCUUACAUGGACCGAUAUGAACGGCUUCUUCUCGAUGCCCACGGAAUUGCGGCCGACUCCUUCUUCCGUUCUGACGGCACGAAUUUGCAAGCCUUCGUCGUCUACGACCGCGUGCCCAUCAUCCCGGGCGUAGGUUCCUGGGCGACCAAAGAAGUUGCCAUCCCCUGCGUCUUUCAGAGCUUCGAGCACGGCGUCCGGUGCUGCGCUCGCGCGCAGGGCGGUGUUACUGUGAGGAGCAGCUAUGAAGUGAGGCGUCGCGGGGAGGUGACGGACGGUCCCGAGCUGGUGGUGGCCGGCCCCAGUGAUGAAGGCGACUAUGAGCUUGUUGACAUAUCUAGCAUCGAGUGCAGCGCGCUUGUGAAACCGUUCGUCAAGAUGCGUUUCUCGAGCGCGCACUCGGCGCUCCUCCAGCAGGUCGUCGGCAACCUCAUGAAGUCGGGGCGGGGGAGAACCGGUGCCGCCCACGAUGCAGGCCAGUAA